AUGGCGUACCAGAAUACGAGACAGGAGCUGCAGUCUUUCUUUGGAAAUAAUGUUUCCACUCGGGACGAGUAUCUUAAGGUUUUGGACGAUAGGAUGCGUGACCUUUUCAUAGGCACGUAUGUGGGUCCAGCUGCUGUCCUAAAUCCGAGGUAUUCAUACACGAUGGAACCAACUCAAGAAAUGUUCCGUGGACUCAAGGAUACAUUUGAGCACAUGACGGAUGUCCAGAGCGCCGUGCAGGCAUUGCAGGAGCUUGAGGUGUUUCGGCAGAAGGUUGGCGAGUUUGGCAGUGAAAUGGCAAUGAGAAUGGCGAUGGAUCCAAAGACAUCCCCAUCGUCCUGGUGGAUGAUGUUCGGAUCAAGCACUCCAAAGCUGCAGUACCUUGCCAUGCGGCUUGUUUCACAAUGUUGUUCGUCCAGUGGAUGCGAGCGCAACUGGAGUACUUUUGCCUUGCUGCAUACAAAAGUUCGCAAUCGAUUGUUGCACAAGAAACUUAACAAGCUGGUCUAUGUCAACUACAACCUUCGUCUGCGACUAGAGGAGGUCUCCGGCCCACCGAUACGUGAAGAAGGUGAUUUUAUCGACCAGCUGGCCCAUCUUUCAUUUUAUGAUGAGAAUAAUCCGGUGCGGGAAUGGAUGGAAUAUGGUCGAUCUAACCGCGCUCCAGUUCUGGACGAGGAUGAUGAUGACGGAGACGUCCCUCUCCCGUCUCAUAUUGUCAGGGAUCAAAUAAACCUCUCAGAUCUACGUGACACUAUGGGGGAUGCUUGCAUCAGCGAUUGGGCACGUAGACAUGUGGGUGACACUCACCUAGGGAAGAGGAAAUUCCAGAGGGGCCAUACGAAGGGUGACUCGAAGCGUCAAAAACAAAAAGGAAAAGCAACAGCAAAAUCAGUGAACAGCGACACGUCCACUGAUGAUGGCGAUGAGAUUGUCACUUCUGCUGUUGUCCAAGAGACAGUUAGCCAAGUUCUAUCUGGUCUUGUUCAAAAAUAUGAGGAGAAAGAGGAAUCAAAUGUGGUCAGAAACUUGGAGAGGCUAGAGAUGGCACACAUCAAGCUUGAGGCUGCUCUUGAGACAUCGGAAAAGUGGCAAAUCAAUGAUGCCUCCUUGUUGCGUUGGCGUAGGAAGCUGAAGCGUGCUGCUCAAGAAUGUGAUGAAACGCUGCACAAAUGCAAGCUUAGAAUCCAAGAAGAUGAACGGAUGGAACAGGAGGCCACAGAACACGACUGUUUGAUCGUUGAUGGACUGUUUGCAGACUCUGAAUUCGGCUAG